GAUUAUGAUAAAAUUAUAGUAAUAAUAGAUUCUAGAAAUCUUGAUUUAGAAAUAUUCAUAUAUAUUAUAUAAUAUCACUACUAUCAGUAUCAGUUCCAUAAAAUUCAUUGAGAACAAAGUUUUUUCAUUAAGGAGUUUGUCAGGGACAUCAGUUCAAUCUCUGUUAGACAAAUGUCUAUUUUUUUUACAAUUUUAUUGCAUGUAGAAAUAUAUCUGAUGGUUUUAUUAUGUUCUAAACAACUUACAACACUUGAAUUAUACAAUGAUUUCUUUGAAAAUAGCACACAGAAUGUUGCUGUACAAGCUAACAAUACAAGGCAACAAGCUAUGCCAUGCAAUCAAAGCUUUAAAAAUAAAGUAGAUGUCUGUAGUGUGCCAGCAAACAUUGAAGACUAUGGAAAUUUUAGAAAUUCUCACCGAGCUUUAAUAUUUCAACUAAACGAGAUGGAUGUCAAAAUAUUUAUAAAGUCUCAUCAAAUUACUUUGCCAAAUGCUAGCAUAUUUUUCAGCUCAAAGAAUAAUAAUGUGCCAAUUUAUCAUGAGGACAUUUCUAAAAAUCUUCACUCUUUUUACUGUGGUAGCUUUGUGUUCAAAAACAUGUUUUUUCCAUUCACUGCUAAGUUGGAUGGUAAAAAAUUAACAGGGACUGCAGUUUAUGAAAGUUUUCUUUUCAAGAUACAGUGUUCAAAGGUGAUUGAAUCAAAUUUUCAUCUUAUUAACCACUGCUUUCCAUGCUAUAUAUCAUGUAAUGAAAUAAAGCCAACAAAUACAAGCUAUAGCCCUUAUGAUAUUCAACAUUUCUUUAAGGAACCUUUUUAUUUCCAUUCAAAGCAGAAAACUCAGCACAAACCACAACCAGAUUAUUCCAACAAAAGGUUCCCAAGGCAUGAAAAAAGAGACACUUUAAAAUUGCCAAAACCUUUGAGCUGCUCUUUACAUCUAGUUGGAGAUCACUUAUUCUUUAAAUACAUUGGAGCUGGAAGUGUAACAAAAUCUGUCAAUACUAUGUUCAGUGUUAUUAAUGAUGCAGACUCAUUGUUCCGUUCCUCUGAUUUUGAUGGAGAUGGUUAUGGAGAUAAUGUUGGAUUUAUAGUAGCCAAGGUAUCAGUCUAUAGGCAUGAAAAUGAAUUAGGUUAUCGAUUAUCAAAAUCGUAUAUGACAUCUGAUGAAUAUUUGAAACAGUUUUCAUAUUAUGAUUUUGAUGAUGUUUGCCUUGGCAUAGCUUUUACUUUUCGAACCAUGGACGGUGUUGCUGGCACAGCCUAUCCUGCUGUUGCUGAUGAAUCUCUGCCAGGUGGGAUAUGUGAAAAAAGAAUAAAAAUCAACUCUCACAUUGCCAGCUUCAACACAGUGAUUGUCACUUAUUUAAGUAAUGGCAUCAAACUGAAAAAUGAAGAUGUAGUCUUGACUGUUUUGCAUGAAAUUGGUCACAGCUUUGGUGCUAGGCAUGAUUCAUCACCUCAGUGUUUUCCAAAUGACGAGGCAGGCAAUUAUAUCAUGAACCCCAAUACAAAUCCAGGAAAUAGGCCAAACAAUAGGAAAUUCUCUGUCUGUAGUUUAAGAUACAUGCUGCCAGUAAUUAAAAAGAAAGGAUCUUGUCUUUUAGAAGACAAUAUAAAACCUCAUUGUGGGAACAGUAUUCCUGAAGCAGGAGAAGAAUGUGAUUGUGGAAUAUCAACAAACUGUUUGUCAAUUGACCCAUGCUGUACCCCAGCUGAUUUCUUAGGGUCAGAUAUGCCAUGCACAGUUCGAAGGUCAAAGGGAAAACAGUGCACGCCCAAGACACAAUCCUGCUGCUCAUCAAACUGCUCUUUUGUACCAGUUUCUGAAAAUUUUAUUUGCAACACUCUGGACGGUUGCUCUGUGAUCUCAAAGUGUAAUGGUCUGGGUGGUCACUGCCCUGUGAGUCAUGCCCAGCCUGAUGGCACUUCCUGCAACAACGGACUACUCGUGUGCAAGAGUGGAGUGUGCUCAGAAGAUGUUUGCCACUACCACAACAUGACCAGCUGCUUGUGCUCUCACAAGCCAGACCAGUGUAAGCUCUGCUGCAAGCAUGUCAAAACACAGGUGUGUUCUCCGCUAAGUAGUGCAGGAACCUACAUUCAACAUGAUAUUGGUGUGCAAUGUUAUGACAAUGGAUUUUGCAGUUCCUCCCACUCCUGUUCCCAAAUACUUUUAAACUCGCAAAGAGAAGAUGAAGGUUUAUUUGGAUUUUCAAGUGAAAGGGAGUUUCAAAUUCAUGUUGCGAAUUAUUGGUUUUAUUAUUUGCUAAUGUUAGUGUUUUGUUUAUUUAUAAUAAUCAUCUUAACAAUUUCAUACCAAUCAGAUGAUGUGGAUUAUUUAAAGGCUCUUAGGUAUGGAAAAAUGUUGGCUAUCUUUGCUAUAGGAGAAUAUCAAACUAAAGUGUAUAGAAAAACUUUACUUGAGAUUGAUGAAUAUUACUCAAACGUUAUAGCAAGAGUUCAAAACCAGAGUCAGCCGUUGGAAUACACCGAAGCACUUGGGAGAUUAAAAAUGUUAUUCCCAGCAGUAUCACUAGAAUACUUGUCAAGGAUUGCCAAAAUAAGUGCUACAGAGAAGACAGCAAUCACGAUUUUGCUGAUCCAGGGAUUUAAGAUGAAAACAUUUGGCUAUUUUACAAGCAUUUCUACGAGCCCAGAGAAUCGAAAAAAACUAAAAAGUUAACAGUCCUGAUACGAUUCAUUCUUUGUUGUAUGUGCUUUUUGGACAGUCAUAGAUCACAUCUACAAUAAAGCUAAAC